CGCUCGUGGACCGUUCACGGGCUGCUUCACGCGCUCAUUCUAGAACGCUCGACCGGACGUAGAAGAUGCCCGUAGGUUCCUCUGCAGCAGCUGCAACUGCUCCGCAGCCAACCCAAGCCCCUGCAGAUGCCGCGGUUGGCGUACCGAAAGGGGCUGCCGCUGAAGCGGUUGCCAAAGACGAUUCGGCCUUGGGAACACCAGGGCUCUACCGUGGCGCGUCCCCCUGGCGGCAGCUUCUGAUGAUGCUGUGGAAGAGCAUCUACCUGAAGCGGCUGGUGCGCCACUACAUGACCACGCUGCUCGAGAUUGUGCUGAUGGUGGUGCUGCUGCUGGGCAUCCAGGAGGACGCCGUGGUGCGCGAGCCGCUCCUGCGCAGGGGAGACACCCACUUCCGGCCCAUCCACACCUACUCGUAUUGGAACACGCAGCGCGACAUGGCGCAGGUCACUCAGGUGUACUUUGCGCCUGUGGCCAACAAGUACCUGGCGAGGCUGACGCACGAAGCCAUGGCGGAGCUGGGCGUGGUCAACUUCGCAGGUUUCGCGUCCGAGAAGGAACUCGUCGCGGCGAUGCGCCUCCGGAACGACACACCCGUCCACACGGUGGCGCUGCUCUACAUGGACGUGUCUCCAGGCGACAGGGACAGCGUGCCUUACAGCCUGGACGUCAACUUCUUCGGAGGCCGCCUGCCAUUCGACGCGCGCGUCGACUAUCCUCAGCGCCUGUUGUCGCAGCCCGAGGGACCGUCGUCAGAAGGACGAUUUCCCGAGAUGAACACGCUGCUGCCGAUCAUGGGCGCGCUGCAGCAGCGCCACCUCGAGUACCAGGCGCUGCGGCGCAAUCGCACCAUGAGCCGGCUGCACCGCGUGGAGCUGCAGCGCUUCCCGUACCCGGCCCACAUCGAGCACAAGGACACCAAGAACUACGCGCUCGUGCUGACGCGUUUCUGCGUCGGCAUGCUGGUUCCCUUCGCCGUCUUUGUCGCGCGACUCAGCGAGGAGAAGGCGACUGGUAUGAAAGAGAUGCUGCGUGUGAUGGGCCUCAACGACUGGGUCUACUGGGUGAGCCAUUACAUCAACGGCUUCUUCAUGCACCUGAUCAUCGUGACCCUGAUGCUGCUCUUCCUGUGCGUCAAGCGGAACGAGGAAGGUCGGGCCUUCAUCCAGUUCAGCGACCCGCUGCUGGUGUUCUGCAUACUGAUGUGCUUCUGCAGCUCGUGUCUCAUGCACGCCACGCUGCUCUCCAUGUUCUUCUCGAGCCCACACACAGCAGUAGCCGCCGCCCUGUUGUACUGGACCUUCAGCUGCCUCAUGCCGUUCCUGGCGCUCGAGAAUGCCGGUGGCCAGGGCUACCACUUCAUCAAGCGCAGCCACAAGCUUGCGACGGCCGUCUUCCCUGGCAUGAGCCUGCACUGGAGUUUCCGCGUGCUGGAGCGCUUCGAGAAGUUCGUGACUUACGGAGCGAACUGGUCCAACUUCGCCGACCGGGCUGCCACGCCGGACAACGUGACGCUGGCCGAGAUCGUGUUCGUGGGCUUUAUGUGCGACUGCUUCAUCGUCGUCGCAGUCUGGUACCUGGACAACGCGAUGCCCAUAGGCCCGGGGAUCGCCAAACCGCUCCUGCACCCUUUUCGGCUGGAUUAUUGGUUGCCCAGUAUGACGUUCGUCAAGGCGCCCUCAAGGACGUUGGAGGAGAACCAGAACUUCGAGCCCGAGCCAAGGGAUCAGUCGGUUGCAAUAGACCUCGUCCAUGCCAGCAAGGACUACGAUGGCGUGGCCGCCGUUCAAGAUGUCAGUUUGCGGAUAUACGAGAACCAGAUUACCGUGCUGCUAGGCCACAACGGUGCAGGCAAAACCACGUUGCUGAACAUGAUCACCGGGUUCACUAACUGCUCCUCCGGCAACGUGCUAGUAGGUGGAUAUGACGUCAUGACAAGCACCAAGGACGCCCGUGAAAGCAUCGCCUACUGCACUCAGGACAACCUGCUGUUCGAUGACCUCACCGUCGAAGAGCACUUAGUCUUCUUCGCUGUCGUUAAGGGCACUCCCUACGACGGCGUGCGGCUGGAAGUCGUCACCUUGCUACACGAAACUGGCCUUAUUCCGUACCGCUCGGAUCUGGCGGCGACGUUGUCCCUGGGCCUACAACGACGCCUCUGCACCGCUGUGGCCAUUGUGUCCAAGCCAAAGGUGAUCAUCUUGGACGAGCCCACGUCUAACAUGGACCCGGAUGGCCGCCGAGAGAUGUGGGAGUUGCUCCUUAAGAUACGCCGGAGCUGCGCAGUAUUUCUCACGACCCAGCAUCUUGACGAAGCGGACGUGCUGGGCGACCGCAUAGUGGUGAUAGCCAACGGCCACGUCCGUUGUGCCGGCUCCCCGACCUUCCUAAAGCAGCGAUUCGGCACGGGCUACCGGAUGCGAAUCCACAAGCUCCCCAAAUGCGACGUGGAGGGCAUCGAGACGCUUCUGCAAAAGCAUGCGCCCAAGGCGAAACUGCAGAGCGACUCCACCAACGAGGCCGUCUUCCACCUGGGGCAAAUAGUCUCCACUAAAGGCAUCAUCACUAUGUUCCGUGACAUCGAGAAGGAGAGCAAGGCCUUGGGCAUCGAAUCGCUUGGGGUGACGGUGACGUCGCUGGAAGACGUGCUCAUCCGCGUCGGUGAAGAGCACCACCUGCAGCACCAGAAACAAAUGGAACUCAACAAGGAUGAGGCGUCCAUGAUCGAUGCCAAGGAGGCCUUAGUCCACUUGAUGGCGAACACGGUGUCCUCAAACCCGGGGCCCGCGGGCCGCAUGUGGGCGAUGAUCUGCAAGCGAGCCAUUUGCGUCUCGCGGCAGCUGAAGGUGCCGCUGUUCAGUUGGCUGCUGCCUAUGAUGCUGCUCUGGCUGCUGUUCACCUUCGAGGGCGUAGCACUGUACCGCAGCGAAGUUGUCGCCCAACAUGUGGGCGAUACGCUCUCCUACACCUUCGUCGAGCUGGUCGGCAAGGCCUACGGCUUCGCCCAAGUUACGCAAGAUGGACCGUUUUACGUUGACUACGUCCAGCCCUUGUUACACCCGGAUACCACCCACGUAGACAUCCUCCUGCCCAACCAAAACGUGGAAGGUUUACUCCUUAGCAUAGGGAAGGAUGAUUUGCGUCAGUACGUCUUCAGGACGCACUUCGUACUGCAGCUGCUGGAACAAGGGAGGACGGUGCUCUGGUACAACGGCGAGAUUCAGCACAUGGCUCUACUAGUCCUGACGCUAUUCAACAAUGCACGUCUGCGCUACUUAUCUGGCAAAAACGACGCCCUGUUCAACUUCGAGCUGACGGUGCUCGACUACGGCGUCAGCAUAGCCGCCGAUGGCGCGGAAGAGGAGAAGAGCCCAGGCGCUUACCGCGAGCUGCUGCCCAAGGUUCUCCGCUCCAUCUUCUUCCCCAUGGCGUCCAGCCUGAUGUGCAGCAAUUUUGUGCUUUUCCCCAUCACCGAGAGGGCGUUGCAGGUGAAGCACCUGCACAUCAUCGCAGGAAUCGGCCCGUUUCUCUACUGGAUCACCAAUUUUCUCUGGGAUUUUAUGUUUUACAUGGGCACCGCCAUCUUUAUCUUGCCGCCCAUAGCCUACUUCCACGCGGAAUCACUGAAUUUCAGCUACAUUCAACUCAUCUUUAUAUUGAAUAUCCUGCACGGUUACGCCGCGCUACCAUUCAUCUACCUAUGUUCCUUCUUUUUUGACAACCCUGGCUACGGAUUCUCUACGCUUGCCAUCUCCACGUUUAUAAUAUCGUCAUUGUGCUGCGCGGGCUGUGUGUUCAUGGAACACUACGCGGAAACACUGAGCAGCGUCCCCCUCACGGUGUUCAUCACGACGGUGCUGCAGUUCGCGCGGCUGCUGCCGUCCUAUUCGUACUCGCGUGGCAUGACGAAGGUGCUGCAGUUGGCCUCUGAGAACGCCAUCUGCCGACGGGGUGGACAGGUUCUCGACUCAGCCUGCCAAGAGAAGUCCGUCGCUUUCAAGAUGUCACUGCAACAGUGCUGCACGCACAUCGCCGACCCUGACCGUAUGCUCUACGUGAUCGGGCCUUUGGGCAUUCACUGGUACUCGGCAUUCUACGAGGUAAUCACUCUGUUGCUGGAAGGUCCGCUGCUUUUCGGCCUACUGCUAUAUGCUGACUACCACUGGCUGCGACGAAUCGACCGAUUUAUGAGCUUGCCCGAACCCGACAUUGAUCCACGCCUCCGAGCCUACCGUGGGGCGCAAGUCCUGAACGCAGGACUGUCACCCACCAAGCCGGCUUCCAUGCGUGAAGACACGGACGUAGUGAACGAAGACAAACUGGUUGCGGAGCUUGUCGAGAAAGGGCAGAAGCAGCCUCAGCCACCGUCGAAUCCGCAAUCAAUUCAGCAGUCGCAGAUGCAGACGCAGACGCAGACGCAGUCGCAGACGCAGACGCAGACGCAGACGCAGUUGCGGACGCAGUCGAAGACGCAGUUAAAGACGCAGUUGAAGACGCAGUUGCCGACGCAGCAGCAACCACAGCUUCAGUCACCGAAUCCUGAUAGCGCCCUGCCCGCCAUGGUGGUAUACCGCCUCCACAAAACUUAUGGUUACUUGGAAAACAACACUGCCCUGCAGGGCCUGAGCUUCACAGUCCGCGCGGGCGAAUGCUUCGGCCUCCUUGGAGUUAAUGGCGCCGGAAAGACGACCACCUUCAAGAUUCUGACGGGUGACAUCCUGCCGCACGAGGGCGACGCCUUCAUCGGUGACGUGUCCGUCGUGCGCAACGUGUACGAGUUCCAGCGAUUCCUCGGCUACUGCCCGCAAAGCAAUGCCCUGCUGGAUACGUUGACGGGCAUUGAGACGCUGAUGCUGUAUAUCCGACUGCGUGGUAUCCCAGUCACCAAGGAGUACGUGGACGCGCUCCUGGAGAUCUUCAACAUGGAUGAGAUCGGGGCGCAUCUCGUCGGCACGUACAGUGCAGGGAACCGGCGCAAGCUGUCAAUGUGCGUAUCGCUGAUUGGCAUGCCGAGGAUGCUACUUUUGGACGAGCCCUAUUCCGGAGUGGGAAUCCUCUCGCGAAAGCGAAUCGGAAACUACAUCAGCUCGCUGCAGAAGCAAGCGAAUAUAUCCAUCGUGCUGUCUUCUCAUUGCCUUACGGAUGUGGAGUUCCUGUGCCACCGCAUCGCUAUCCUCCGUGGAGGCAAGCUGCAGUGUCUGGGCUCGUUGUCGCAUCUUAAGGAGAAGUUCGGCAAGGGCUACACCAUCACGGUGAAGUCGUACCCGGAUAAAAAGCAGGACUUCGUGUACCAACGAGAGGUGGUCCGCGAUGUCAGAAAGAACUUCCCCGACGCAGAUCUCGUGCACAGCUACGAGGGAUUGCUGGAGUUCCGGGUAUCCCGGGCUCAAAUGCUCUGGAGCGAGAUGUUCACUCGCAUGGCGAAGAUCAAGAAGCGGUUCAAGCUGCAGGAGGUCUACGUCGCCGACACGUCGCUGGAGCAGAUCUUCGUCAGCGUGACGCGCAAGGAGGCCAGCGAAGCGGCCGCUGCAGCCGCGUCUAAGACGCUCAGCCAAGCGGGAACCACGUUGGGCAUCUAGGCGCGACCGGCAGUUAACUACGGCAGCGUCUGUUCAUCUCGCGCCGUGCCAAAAAAAAAUUUAAAAAUUAUAAACAGCCUGGCGUGCGUAACGCGUGCUGAGGAAACUAUAAAAAGCAACCGACCUAUUUUUUUUUUCACACGUUUCCACAUCUAAUAUACGGGACGGCAUCUCGGCAAAAAUUUCCGGCGCUGAGACAUUGUCCUCGAUGCAACCGUUUGGAGAGUGCCCCGCUCAUCCUAUCAUCCGAAAACACAGCACCAGCGGCUAGCAGCGCAAAGAAAGAGAAUAUCCCGAGACAUGUUGCCGAUGGCUUCGUUAACGCGCUUGAAGUAACGAAAAGCACCUGCGACCAUGGGCGAGGAACAAAAGCUUAAAGAACAGAGGAAUUUAGCACUUGUCACACGGUUCCGAGGUGUGUCUGCACAAUGAAUAAGUUACAAGUAAAGCGAUUUUCUGCAGCAGCAAAGUGGUCAAUGUUACUUG